AUGCAGCGUAACCAUAUCUCAGAUCCGAACGAACCGUUCCCUAAGCCACAGGCUCUCGCCUCCGCCACAACGACACACUCGCAAAGCAGAUUCCGCAUCUCGACCCGCAAGCUACCCAUCUCCAAAGCCGGUACCAUCGAUGCACUCACCGAAAAGAUUGGCAUUCCGAUGCCGGAGAUGAUAUUUGGCGAAAAUGUCGUCGGAAUUGAACAUGUGCCUUCAGGCUGGUCCCUGUAUUUCAACACUCCAGAUGCGCUUGACGCCGUCGACAAGACAGAUCGCCACAUGCUCAAGGUUGCAUAUGCCCGAGACUGGGAGAGCACCCGAGAAGGCACCACACAGGGUAUAAAGGAAGUUGUGAAGCCCUAUGACUGGAGCUACUCGACGACAUAUACUGGUAGCAUCGAAGCCUCGGUUUUGCAGUUUGCGCCUACCGACAAGGUGAUACCCAUUGAGCUCCUGAAGCGUCGAGACCCCAUCCUGUUCUUUGACGAAGUUAUGCUCUACGAGAGUGAGCUGGACGACAACGGCAUAUCCAUCUUCAGCGUCAAAGUCCGCGUGCACGAGAAGCGCAUGCUUUUGCUGUGUCGGUUGUUUAUGCGCUUGGAUAAUGUUGUCCUGCGGAUACGUGACACCAGGGUCUAUGUCGAUUUUGAGACUGAUGAGGUUAUUCGCGAAUACUCGGCGCAAGAAGAGACCUACGAGAACGUCAAGAGGAAACUUCUCAUGUCUGGGAGACUGCCAGACGACAUUACAAUCGCACUGAGAGAUCCCAACGUCCUAGCCCCACUACUGCCGCUUGUAGAGCAUCGGGCAGAAGCUCUCAACCCAAGUGCAUGA